GGAAAUCACCGCUACUUCAUGGGUUAUCUGUUUUUCCUGCUCUUAAUGAUCUGCUGGAUGAUAUACGGCUGCAUUUCCUACUGGAGGAUCCACUGCGCCACCAGCUACGCUAAAGAUGGCUUCUGGCUCUACCUGACUCAGAUCGCCUCUUGCUCUCCUUGGAUGUUCUGGAUGUUCCUCAACAGCAUUUUCCACUUCAUGUGGGUCGCCGUGCUCAUCAUGUGUCAACUCUACCAGAUCGCAGCUCUGGGAAUCACCACCAACGAGAGGAUGAACGCACGGAGAUACAAGCACUUUAAAGUCACAGCCACUUCCAUCGAAAGCCCCUUCAAUCACGGAUGCAUCAGGAACCUGAUAGAUUUCUUCGAGGUGCGCUGCUGCGGCCUGAUCCGGCCCGUGGCGGUGGACUGGACCUCCCAGUACACAAUAGAGUACGACCAGACGUCCGGCUCCGGAUACCAGCUGGUGUAGAACAAGAAGAGGAAGAAGAAGAAGAGGAAUAACCGAUAUGGGAUCAAUGUUGUUCUCGGGAGCGCUUGCUUUAUUCGAAACCAUCUCUCCCUCACCGAUCAAAAAGACUUAGAUUAAAAAAAAUCAGCCAAGACUAGCAUGCUGUUACAGGGCAACACCACACCCCCCCUACCCUCCUUCUUCUUCUACUAUUACUACUAUUGUACAACAUCAUUACUGUACCUCCACUUGCUCCCCCUCCACCUCCUCGUCUCUUUUCCCGAUGGACGGUGCGUUGCUGCCAGGCGGGAGAGGAGGAGGGAGGGAAACGACGGAAAAAUAAUCUUGUUUUAUCCCGGAGGCUUAAAAGUGGCAGCAUCACUCUGAAAUCCCCACCUCUACCGUGCCCUUAUUCUUAUUUAUGGUGUCCCUGUUGAUGUGCCCUGUAUGUAUGUUUUGAAAUGGUUCAGGAAAGGAUAAGUAACCGCCGUGAGAAAAGCUGAAGGAUUUUGAUUUUUAAAAAACAUGAAUUAGUUUUUAAGUAUGAUAGAAAUAAGGGAAUGUCUUUUUUUUUUUACAAACCUCUUGAUUUUGCACCGGGUUUUGCCAACAUAGUUGAUCUCAUCAGAGGGGGAGAGUGUUGGGUUACAGGUGGAGCUGCUGGAGGAAUGAAGAGUUUUUUGGGUUAUCCUAAAAGCAGCUGUUGUGCAGUAACGUAAUGCAUGAGUCCUUCAGCAGAACCCACCGUUAAAGUGACAGAGAAAACCCUACAGACAAUGUGAUACAGGAAUAUUUAUUUUAUAACUAUUUAUACAUUAAUGUUCUAGCGCCACCAUUUUUACAUUUCACAUCAUUUUUUUAGCGCAUUAGGUUUUUAUGACGAUAAAAUGAUUAAACCUGGUAGCUGUCUGACGAGGAAGGAAGCCCGGGAAAUUACCAUAAAAAAACUUUAUCGACAGGUACAUCGAGGUUUUUAUGACGAUAAAAUGAUUAAACCUGUAGCUGUCUGACGAGGAAGGAAGCCCGGGAAGUUACCAUAAAAAAACUUUAUUGACAGGUACAUCGAGCGUAUAUUUAUUAGCAGGACGAAGGACGACAGACGCGUUUACAGGACGGUUCAUUCCAUGUGUGUUUUUCUAGAAAGCUGUAAA